CUGAUUCCUUCGCAAUUCCCAAUGCUGAAUGGACCUCUGGAAAGCUGCUGAUAAAUGCUGAUAAAUGUGGAUGUAACACAGCUCCUGUAUUCCAGAAUUCCCUCCGGCCCCAGCCAUGUCCUGCUACGACCUCUGCGCCCCCACGUCCUGCGGCCCCACCCCGCUGGCCAACAGUUGCAACGAGCCCUGCGUGCGGCAGUGCCAGGACUCCACCGUGGUCAUCCAGCCCUCGCCCGUGGUGGUCACCCUGCCCGGGCCCAUCCUCAGCUCCUUCCCCCAGAACACCACCGUGGGAUCCUCGGCGUCCGCGGCCGUGGGGAGUGUUCUGAGUGCUGAGGGUGUCCCCAUCAAUUCGGGGAGUUCCUCCUUGGGGUUUGGGGGUUUUGGCUACUCCGGGCUGGGCAGUGGCUACAGCCGGCCCUACCGGCGCUACAACCAGUCCCGCAGCGGCUUCUACGGGCCCUGCUGA